UUAAUGCAUUGUAAGAGAGAAGAAUCCCUUGUUUAAUGAUCACCGGUGGGGCUAUUCCACCACCUGCAAAUAUGGUGUUAAUGUAAUCGUAAUGCUGUGUUUGUUCUUUCUUUAGUUUCGAAUAUUUAUCAUUUCAUAUUCAUUUCUUGCAAAUUUAAUAUUUUAUUUGAUAUGCUUCAUAUGUCUAACAUCACUCAAUGCUUUUGUUGUGCUGUGUUGUAUAAAUCCUUCUGUAAUACAGUGUUACGGACAAAAGUAAUUUCGUUAUUUAACCCUUUGUUGAGCAUUGACUACAGGCAACUUGACAGAAAACAUUUUUUUCUUGCUGAGUUUUGGUAAAAAGUACAAAAUUUCUAGCUAAAUGUCUUCGGCCGACCCUGACUAACAGGCAGCAAGCGUCAUUUGUUGGUAUAAAGCAAGAGCGCAGGACGCGGAAGAAGUUUUGCACCUGACUCACUUUCUUUUUAAAGUAUGCUCGGAGGAGACAUACUGAAGCAAGAUCUCCGGCAGCAUUGUUGUCACACGCAUGGCGUAAAGCAAAACUGUCCGUACAAAUUCCAAAUGGAGCCAUAGCCUUGGGUUGAAGCCCACUUCUAGUUUUCUCCCUUGUGUUUCCCCCCUACUAUUAGGAGUUAUUGUAGACGGAAAUGUAUACAAAGAAAUUGUGUGCAGGCAUGUACCGCAUCAGUGCACUCUUGUCACGAGCGAAAUAUUUGAGUUGCCAGGCCAAGGUUAUCAAGUGGCUUGCCUUCAAGUGUGGCAGCACUUUUUGAUAGCCAGAUGUAGCACUUUCAUUCCGUUAAAUGUAUGACACAUUGCUACAUUGGUUUCAUGUUCUCCCUGUGACUUCGCAGAUUCCUUGCCGUCGGGAUCCCUGGAGCAGUAUCUUACACUCGUGUCCGUAUGUGAUCAGCUGCAUUCCUGCCGGCAGUGCACUUACAAAACUGAGCAGAAGAAGCGCAUGAUCGAACACCUGCGCACCCAUACGGGAGAGCGCCCCUACCAGUGCCACCUGUGCCCGGAAGCAUUCUCUAAGCGAUCCAACCUGACACGCCAUCUUCGCAACCAUACAGGAGAGCGCCCCUACCGGUGCCACCUGUGCCCGAAGGCAUUCACUCGGAAAUGGCACCUGAAAGAUCAUCUGCCCACUCACACGGGAGAGCGCCCCUUCCAGUGCCACUUGUGCCUGGAAGCAUUUGCUCGACAUGCCACCCUGACACGCCAUCUGCAAACUCACACUGGCAAGCGUGCCCUUCGUGGAGAGAACUUCUAUUGUCAUGUGUCAGCUCACUCGGAGGUGAAGCACUUUUCAUGUCUUCCCUUUGACUUUGCAGAUUCCUUGCCGUCGCAAUCCCUGGAGCAGUACCUUACACUCGUGUCCGUAUGUGAUCAGCUGCAUUCCUGCCGGCAGUGCACUUACAAAACUGAGCAGAAGAAGCGCAUGAUCGAACACCUGCGCACCCAUACGGGAGUGCGUCCCUACCAUUGCCACCUGUGCCCAGAAGCAUUCACUCAGCAAUCCAACCUGACACGCCAUAUUCGCAACCACACAGGAGAGCGCCCCUACCGGUGCCACUUGUGCCCGAAGGCGUUUGCUCAGAAAUCCACCCUGACACGCCAUCUUCGCAGUCACACAGGAGAGCGCCCCUACCAGUGCCACCUCUGCUCACAGGCAUUCACUCGGAAAUGGCACCUGAAAGAGCAUAUGCACACCCACACGGGAGAGCGCCCCUACCAGUGCCACUUGUGCCCGGAAGCAUUUGCUCAACACACCACUCUGACACGCCAUCUGCAAACUCACACUGGAAAGCGUGCCUUUCGCGGAGAGAACCUCUAUUGCCAUAUGUCAUCUCCCUCGGAGGUGAAGCCCUAAAGGUCGGGAGCUGGAAGUUUGGCUUUGGAUCAACCGAUUUUGUAUAUUUUUAAUGGUAAAAAAAUUAUUUGUAAACUGCA